CAUGAAAGAUACAACAGUAGUUCUAAAUCUAUAUGGACAAGUUAAAGAAAUAAAGGUAAAUUACUAUGUUUCUAGGAUGCAAGCCAAAGAAAAACUAUCAUUUUUCUAUUAUACAAGAGACUUAUGGAGGAUUUUCAAGGACACAAACACAUUUGAACAUUUAUGCUUAAUACUCCUUUCGUCGGGAUCUUUAAACGAUGCCAGAAGGGAGGAACUAGUACAUCAGCAUAGGAAAUCUUGCUCUCAAGGAAUUGCUAUUGAAUCACUGAUUAAUCUUUUAAAUAAUCAAUCUCUAUACUAUACAGUAGAUUCGCUUAAUCGACUGAAUGAACAUCAAUCAUUAAGAAUUUCAAAAAACUUGAGUAAUGUAGACGGCGUUUGGAAAAAGGUAAUAGAGGAUGUAAAAAAUGAGAGAAAGAAAGACUCAUCUCAUAUACCUCCUCUUCCAUUUGGCAAUAGUAGGCAUGUUAGGUUAUCGGAUAUUGUAACAUCUAUCGAAGUAUCCGAAGUCGUUAACUCAGAUCUGCUCGAUACAAAUUUGGAAUCAACAAACAUCGAAUACAAUAACUUUCAUAAGAUAUUUGAGAAGCCGUUUAACAAAAUUCUUGUACAAGGUGAACCUGGAAUGGGUAAAAGUGUUCAGGUUAGAAAUCUCAUUCAUCUGUGGUCUUUUGACCAAUGGCAGACCAGCAAAAAUAAAUUAGUCAUUGUUAUUAUUUUAAGAGAUGUAUUAUCGGACGAUGACAUUUUCGAAACUAUAAUGAAGCAAAAUUUUAAAACAGUCUCAUCUAUAAGUAAAGAUAUCAUUAGACUACUCUUUGAAGAAAAAAGUCAAGAAGUCUUACUGUUUGUGGACGGCGCUGAUGAAUUCCAUUUGAAUGACCAUCCACUAAAUCAUAUAAUAGAUAAACCAAAUUGUCCAGUACCUACUGUAAUAUGGACUAGAAAAUGGAAGGCAAAAGAUAUCCGAACGACAUGUGACAUAACUUUUGAGCUUACAGGAUUAAAUGAUGAACAGCUGAUAUCUUUCUUCUCAAAAUGUUUUUACGAUGAUCCUUUCGCAACGAUUUUCCUUAAUAGUCUUAACGGAAAAAACAAAAGUGUUAGGAAUCUUUGUAGAGUUCCACUAUUAGCGAUGAUUGUAUUUUAUGUUUGGAAGGAAAAAGGAGAUUUCUUUAGCAAAACCCUAUAUGAAAUCUAUGAAAAUCUAGUGAAAAUAGUCCAAGAGAAAACGGAAGUGAGAAGAUCUAAUCUAAAAGAUAGAAUGAAGGUAAUACAUAAAAUAUGCUUUACCAAUCUGGCAAAGAGUAAGAUAUUACUUUCAACGAACUCUAGUGAAGAGAGAGAUAUAAAAGAAUGUAUUAGCGGUCUAGUUCAAAUAAUACCUCAGAGACAUGCAAAUUCUGGAUUAACUGAAAUUCAAUUCCAUCAUUUAUCAAUUCAAGAGUUUUUUGCAGCAAAAUAUCUUAUUGAUGAAUAUCAAAGAGUAUUUAGCAUAAAUCUUUUAUUCAAACCUCUAGACGAACAAUUAAAUAAACUUAACAAUACAAAUAUCUACAAUGUUAUGGAGUUUAUUAAGCAAUGCUCUACAAAGAUUUUUAAUAAAAUACUAUUAAACUCAAGGAAAAUUCAAGCAAUGUAUAAAUGUAGCGAUAAACUAAAAGGCUUACUGGAGCAAGGAUUGGGCAAUGAAAAAACUUUAUUAUUUGAAAAUGAAAAAGUAAAUGACCUAGUUCUAUCAAUCUUAUUUGAGAAAAUUGGGAUUAAUAUUGAGGAAGUGACUCUGCAGAAAACUGAAAUAGAUAUAGCGUUGUUAUUGAAAACAUUGUCUUCGAGUAGUCCCAAUCUUAAGAAUAUUUAUAUUAAAGAUAGAACUUUGUUAACUUGUUUGUAUAAAGAUGGCAUUCUCUUAGAUAGUUUAUUAACUCUACUUAGAUUGACCAAACUCUCAAAUUUCCAUAUGGGAAAGACGUGUUUUCAAAUAAUUAGACACUGCAACAAAUCUUCUACAUCCGCAAAACGAAAGGUGAAAGAUUUAGAAAUUUCCCAUUCUCGCAAUAAUGGAAUAAUUAUUAUUCGAGCUACUUUUGGUUCAGUCUAUAUGGCAAGCCUUACUGAUAAUUGCUCCAAUUUUUCAUCUUAUAUAAACUGGGACGUCAUUAAGUUUAUAAAAAAAUGUCCUUAUAUGAAAACAUUAACGUUUAAGAAUAAAAUUCUCAGAGAACGCUUUUGUCCUCAAUUGUUUGAAGUUCUACAAAAUAAAAUAAAAAUGGAGGUUUUAAGAACAGUUUGUCUAGUAAAUACUAUAAUAGAGACGCCAAAUGAGGAAUUUCUGAGCAAUUGUUAUAGGUAUCUUAGACCACCGAAGUAUGAGAUGAAUGAACAGAAACGCAAUAAAGAAUCUUCUCAAUUGAAUAGUUUUGAUGUAACAGUUAUGAGGAAUGAUGAGCUACUAUUUGUAUUAAAUAUAGAUCAGGAUUGCCGGAAAGGUAUAAAUAUUCCUACAUGGAAAUACAAUAAGGUGGAGAAUAUGAGUCAUGUUGUAAAUGGAUGGAGGAGAGAUAUGAUAAAAAUGAGAAAUUUCAAUUUGAAAUCAUAUACAAAGAUAAAGAAUAUUUCAUUUAGUUUGGACGAUGAUCUCGUAUGUUCAUUGUUUCAGGAUAUUCAAUCGCUUAACCUAGCUGACUGUUUCAUUAAUGAGAAAACUGUUCAAUCUCAUAUAUUAGAAAAACUUCCAAAGAUUUCAAACUUAAUAUCUUUAGAUCUAAGCACACUGAAUUGGUCUCAUAGUCUAACAAAACUCAUUGUUCAAGUCUUAAGUAAUUCCCCAUUUCUUACAUCCCUUAAAUUAAACGACUGUGGACUAAUAGAACGUAAAGCCACACUCUUGGGAGAAAGCUUGGUUCAUUGUUCAAACUUAGAAUUACUAUCUCUUCAAUAUAACAAUGAGAUGAACUGCGGAUUAGAGAAAAUAUUUAAAGGGCUAGAAAAUCACACAGACCGUAUGAAGCAUCUUAAUCUAGGAGCUUGUGACUUAUCUAGGGAUCUAACAUCUUUAUUAGGUGAAUUUAUGCAAAAGUGUUGCAAUUGUGAAUCAAUAUCCAUCGAAGGAAAUCAAACUACAGGAAGUGGAUUUCAUGAUUUAUGUAAUGGAUUAAUAUAUUGCAAGAAUAUAAAAAGCCUUAAUUUCAGUAAAUGCUCUCUAAACAAUGCGCAAGCAAUAAGCUUGGGAAAAUGCUUAAAAAAUCUAUCUAAUAUUGAGAAUUUAUGUCUUUCCGAAAAUAAAAACAUGGAAUCGGGAUUUGGUGAUAUUUGUAAUGGUUUAGAAACAUCGUCAAAUUGUCUAAAACAUCUUAAUCUCGACUGGUGUAAUUUGAGCAGCACUAAAGCCGAAAAAUUAGGAAAGAGUUUAGAGCACUGCUGCUUCUUGGAAACCUUAUCUCUUCGUGAAAGCGAAAAUAUGGGUGAUGGAUUUACUGAAAUUUGUCUUGGGUUGACCAAAUCUUCUGAAUGUCUUAAGAGUAUCGAUUUAAGUUGGUGUAAUUUAAGUGAAAAUCAGGCAAAGAAAUUAGCUAAAUGUUUACAAAAAUGCUCACGUUUUGAAUCGCUAUUGGCUGAGGGGAAUUCCAAAAUGGAUUUACAACUUUAUGCCGUAUUCUCUAGUUUAAAAACAUCUUCUGAAUCUUUUAAAUAUCUAAAUCUCAACUGGUGUGAUAUGACAGAAAAUCAAGCAAAGCGUCUAGGAGAGUGUUUAUUAAAUUUCUCAAGUUUAGAAUCACUUUCCCUUAAAUUCAAUAAAUCCAUGGGUAUAGGAUUUAGUAACAUAUGUGAUGGAUUAAAAUCCUCAUCUAACUCUAUCAAAACACUUCAAUUUGACGAAUGCAAUUUAAACACUUAUCAGGCAAAGUGCUUGGGUGAAUGCUUACGUUCUUGUUCAAAUAUUGAGUCCUUAUCACUAUAUCAAAACCCUGAUAUAGGUUCUGGAUUAGAUAUUAUAAAACAUAGUAUAAAAGAUGAUAUCUAUGUGAAUUUACAAGUGUAA